GUGUGACGUUCCUCGCUGACGUGCGGGGCGGUUGAACCCUGCCUGGGCGCACCGGGUCACUGCUGCUCGGCAAGGCAGGGCGGUCGGCACUGGAGCGGAGCGGCUGGCUCGGGGACCCGCCCUGGGGAGCGAGGCUUAAGCAACUUAUCUCGUUCUGCGGUGGUUGCCAAACGGUGGCAACCCUCCGCCGUGUCCCUGUUUCCCCCUGCGGAGGCCACCACACACACCUGGCUACGAGGAAGGAAAAGGAAAUGUGCCCACUUCGUCUCCAACUUGUGCAAGUGAUCUGAUUGGGGCGUGGUUCCUUAGAUCCCAGAAGUAGAUCCAUACUCACAGUGACAGAGGACACGCGAAAAGUGGUGCUUUAUGUUUGUGAAGGGAUACUAGCACAUAUUGGCAUGGCCUGUCCCUAGCAUUUCCUUGGGUCUGGAGCACACUGGGCCGUGAGAGAAUGAUAGCCAAAGAAAGGUGCCUGCCGUGACAACUGAUUGGUGAAGUGUUAGAAAAAUCACCUCAAAGGGAAAUUUGAGACCACUUAUUCUUGAGUCAAAUGAAUGACCAUGGCCUAGGAACACAGAUUCAGGUAAGGAGACCUGGGCCUCAUUGUCUCUGUCUUCUGUUACCUGGCUGAGGAAAAUGGAUGCCUAAAGGAUCCCCGUCUGUUUUAAAGAGAAGAAUUUCAGCUGUUUACUGAGGUUGCAAAGAUAAUCCUCCUGGCUGAUGGAUAGACAGAGAUAUUCAUCACUCAACUCCUCCACAAAGAAGAGCUAAAGAUGCUCAGUUGUGUUCAGAGGGGGAAAAAAAGAGUGAAGCUGUUUCUUACCCUGUGUAUUCAUCAGAUCGUCUUGAAAUUUAACUAAAAAUAUGACAGCUCUUUCUUCAAAGAACUGCUCUUUUCAACACCAGCUACGUCAGUCUCAGCAGCCCCUCGAUGCCUCCUGUCUGUUGUUCUUGAUCCUACUUGGGAAAGUGUUAUUAAAUAUCCUCAUCCUCAGAGUGAAAAGGAAAGACACCCGUUGGACUUUAAUGGAGUAUUUCUGCUUUUCACUAGCAUUUGUUGAUCUCCUGCUGUUGGUAAACAUUUCCAUUUUGACCUACUUCAGGGACUUUGUAGUUCUAGGUAUUAGGUUUACUAACUAUCACAUCUGUCUGCUCACACAAAUCAUUUCCUUCACUUAUGGCUUCUUGCAUUAUCCAGUUUGCUCACUGGCUUGUAUAGACUACUGGUGUAAUCUGUCUAGAGCCACCAAGCAUCCAUCUAGGUGGCAAAAGUUACUUUAUUUCUUGACAGUCAUUUUAACUUGGAUCUCAGUCCUUGCUUACGUUUUGAGUGAUCCAGCCAUCUCGGUAAGCCUAAAGGCACACAGGGCUUAUGUGUCCCCGUGCCCCUCCUAUGUCAGCGCUCAGAGUCACUGGCUGUCACUGUCCAUGCUAAUGGUGUUAUUUGUGGCCUUUCUGAUUUCAUGGCAAGAAGUUGUUGCCUUGAUACAGGCUAUGAGGAUAGCAUCCUAUAGGAACAAGGCCGUCCUCUAUUUUCCUUUCCCACCCCACUCCGGUUACAUUGUGAGCUCCAGAGAAGCACUCUUGCCCAGGCUCAUUGUGUGCUUUCUCGGUACCUGGUUUCCCUUUGUAGUACUUCAGGUCCUCAUCCUCUCACUCGGAGUUCAGAUCCCAGCGUACAUAGAAAUGAAUGUCCCCUGGCUGUACUUUGUCAACAGCUUCCUCAUUGCUGCAGUUUACUGGUUUAACUGCCACAAGCUUUAUUUGAGAGACAGCACAUUACCUGUGGAUCCUUUCAUCAACUGGAAAUGCUGCUUCGUGCCAGUCCAUAGACUUAAGCAAGUGGAGAGGCCUAUCUCCAUAAUCAUUUGUUAACAUGCUGCUGUGCUGGGAGGACGUCAGAAGCACCAAGAUCAAUCUUACAAGGACAAAGGAGGCUCAGGACAUGUAAUUGAAACUCUUGCCCCCUAACACUUACCUUCACAGCACAGCCUCUGUGGGGCAGAUAUUGCGCAGUGCUAAGGACACAUUAACACAGCAGAAUUUUUAUGACUGCUCGGCAACAUUGUGUAAGUAUUGGACAUUAAUUCAAAAGCAAAAUAAACACAUUAACAUGU